AUGCCCUCCAUCUUCAUCACAUCCAUUGCCACUUUCACCGUCACCCUCCUUCUCCUUCAUGCUGCCUUCACUGAUGCACAGAAGACAAGUGUGGCUUUCGUCAUCAACGAGGAGUUACCCAUCGGGGAGAGAGUUGGCAGUCUGACUGAAAAGUUGGCUCUAGAUAUCACCUCACGUAGCGAAGUGAACUUCGUCCCCCUGAUUGAUCUUCGGUUGGUGAAUUUCAACCGGACCAGCGGUUUGAUUACUGUGAGGCAGCGGAUUGAUCGAGAGAGUUUGUGCAAGGAGACAGGAGCCUGCUGUCCAGGUCGGAGUGUAAUUCCUCCUCCAGUCUCUACAUUCCAUGAUGUUCUUUUACCGCACUUGUCCGAUGUACAGUACCCUAGGUGUGCCAUCAAAAUGCUCGUAAUGGACCAAAGACCACAGACUCCUUUGUCACAACAAUCUCAGGAACACCUACUUAUUCAGGUGGUUAUAUAUGUUAAUGAUCUUAAUGACAAUCCACCGGCCUGGUCACCAGACCGGCUCGAGCUUGAGAUACCAGAACACACAGUGAUUGGACGGAAGUUUCAGCUUCCCGAAGCCGCUGAUCCCGAUGAGGGACCGGAAAACACUGUCCAGAGUUACCGUCUCAUCCCCAGUGAUCCCCAUGACCAUGAAUCAACGGUUCGCGGACUUGCGAGCGACGCUUUUAAACUAUCCAGUGAAUUGAUUGAACGUUCGCCUGGAGCACCAUAUAAAUUUGCUCUCGGUCUUAAAGUGGAAGCUGACUUGGAUCGGGAAAAGCAGUCAGCGUACUACUUCCUUCUUAUCGCUACUGACGGUGGAUCUCCUCAACUAACUGGCAGUCUAAGUGUGAUUAUUCGUAUCACUGAUAUCAACGACCAGACGCCGUAUUUUCGUCAGACUAACCCUUCAGUAGAGAUUCUCGAAAAUACUGCAGUAGGAACACAGAUCUACACAGCGGUUGCGAUGGAUGAUGAUCCCUCAGACGCUAAUCGUCUGGAGUAUCGAAUGGGUUCAACGGCCUCUGCUGAAGUUCAGCGUCUCUUCAGCAUCGACAGUCGGAUAGGCUCUGUAGUAGUUUCGGGUGACAUAGACUACGAAUCAGCACCGAUUUUGCCUAAUAGCGAUUCAAAGGAUCCCUUAUUUUCCGACGACUACGGUUAUCUUAUUCCAAUAGAAGUCACCGAUCAAGCUCACAUUGCUGAAACAAAGUUGCGUGUUCAUGUGCUGAAUACUAAUGACAACCCUCCUACCAUUUCCAUCCAGUCUCCUCUACAAAGAUCCAUCUCAAAGGGUGAGUUUUACAUUCACGAAGAUGCACCUGUGGGGACUCUUGUGGCUACCAUAACCAUGUCUGAUGCAGAUGAAAAGACUGGUUCUGAAAGAGGAUUUCCAAAUCGAGCCUCCAUUCCUUACUGUUCCACCACUAACACCUUCUUCACAGUCCAACCCCUACACUCAGCAAUGCGCAAUCUCUUCAAAUUGGUUACUUCGAAGCCUCUAGACCACGAAACCAAAAGCACUCAUGGAGUCAUGAUCGUUUGUCACGAUGCUGGCCAACCAGUCCUCUCUACCAAACAGUAUUUAACAGUGCGUCUGGAAGAUGUCAAUGAUUCUCCACCAGUCUUUGAAAAGGCCGUCUACUAUGCCCGUAUAAGCGAAGGUCUUCCCGUUCACACACCAAUUCUCAAAAUUCACGCAUCUGACGCUGACAGUGGUGAAGCGGCCGAGGUGCGUUACCGAUUUGUAAGCAGUGGUCGCCAAAUGGACUACGACUCGAUGGUACUGCUGGAUGAAAAAUCGGGCCAGAUCAGAAGUGGUGCAGUGUUUGACCGGGAGUCGAUAAAAUCCAUUAACUUCACAGUAGAGGCCGUUGACUGUGCCAGCGGCAAUGGGACUUCCUGUGGAGGAAGGGUUAACACCGCUACAACCGAAGUCAUUGUCCUCAUUGAGGAUAUCAACGACUGCCCGCCUGAAUUCGAGCAUCAGUCCUACGAAUUCACCAUUGAAGAGGGCCAUGUCUCAAAGGUUCCAGUGAGUGGUCGAAAUUUUACCCUAACAUUUGUCCAAUAG